AUGUCCUCCUUGACACCUAUGGCGAAAAACAUUCCCCAGGGAGCAGCAACUCAGGUCUGGGCUGCUACGGCGAAGCACUUCAGCGCCAAAGCAGGCUGCUGUGUGGCUGAUUGUGGCGAAUCGACGCCCUGGAGAGAAGGUGAUGCAGUUGCGUCUCCUGGGUAUGCUACGCAUGCCUACGAUGAGGCGAAGGAAGAGAGGCUGUGUAAGUUGAGUUGUGAUGCCUUACUCCUGGGUACAUAUAGUCUGUCGAAACGCGUGUUCACUCCAGUUUCCGCUCAGUCAGAAAGGAGCUGGCCCAUCUCACUGAAAAUACCAUCUCUUUUUAAGACUUUGAGCCAGACACGAAGAUUCCAAACAAUUACCAUCUCUUCCCGCGGAAAAUUAACAGACAUUGUCCUUCUCGCCUUAAACCUUCCUGGUGAACGUGAUCGUCGCAUCCAAUAUGUUGUGAACUGCUGGUACCUUUGGAACAGACUUGGCACGUACAUGGUAGCUGUUGCGAACCAAGGUAACGGCAGCGAUAUGGCUUGGUUGUUCUCGUUUGGUAUGGACCCACACAUCUUGGAAAUCCAAAGCCUCUCCUGGCACUUAUACCGAGCCCCAGCUGCCCGCCCGAGCCCCAAUUACGUGCUGCGCGGAGCGCAAGGUCUAAGUACAAACCCGUAG